GAAAGCUAUUGUCUCUAAUCGAUCAGCCAUCUUUCUUGUUCUUCUGCGUUUGGCAUUCGUUGUUGAAGGUCGUGUCCAGACCUUAGUUUUAGUUUACAGUUAAUUUAAGUCUAAACUAAGUCAUGGCUAAUAACGAUAAUUUUGCACAAGAUGUUACUGAUAAUCAAGUGAACGGGAGCGCUGAGAACGGCGGAGGAGAUGGUCAACAAGAUAACCUUAGCGCCGACGCCCCCGGGCGAGAUGACGACAGAAAACUGUUUGUUGGAGGUCUCAGCUGGGAAACAACAGACAAGGAAUUACGUGAACAUUUUGGGGCAUAUGGAGAAAUUGAAAGUAUAAAUGUUAAGACUGAUCCUAACACAGGUCGAUCCAGGGGAUUUGCCUUUAUUGUGUUUAAGAGCCCUGAUUCAAUUGAUAAAGUUAUGGCUGCCGGAGACCACACUAUAAACAACAAAAAAGUUGAUCCAAAGAAGGCUAAAGCUAGGCAUGGGAAAAUAUUUGUUGGUGGUUUGAGCAGUGAAAUUUCUGAUGAUGAGAUCAAAACAUUCUUCGGUAAUUUUGGAACGAUAAUUGAAGUUGAGAUGCCUUUUGACAAGACAAAAAAUCAAAGGAAAGGCUUCUGUUUCAUUACAUUUGAAUCUGAACAGGUGGUUAAUGAGCUGCUGAAGACCCCGAAACAAACCAUUGGUGGUAAAGAGGUUGAUGUGAAGAGAGCAACACCGAAACCUGACGGUCCCGGAGCGAUAGGCGUGCGCGGCGGACGAGGCGGAAGGGGCGCGCGUGGAGGACGCGGUGGCCGCGGCGCCUACGGGGGCCAGGGUGCCUGGGGUAACCAGGGCUACGGCGGCUAUGGAUACGGCCAGGGCGGCUAUGGCGGGGGCUACGACGGCUAUGGUUACGGGGGCUAUGGCUACGACGGGUACAGCGGCUACGGCGGCUACGAUUACUCCGCAUACCCAAAUUACGACUACGGCGGGUACGGAGGGUACGAGGGAGGCUACGGCGCGCGCACGGCACCACGCGGGAAAGCAGCGGGGUACACGGGCGGUAAGCAGCGCGGCGGCGGAGGUGGUGGACGCGCCAACCAGAGGCACCAGCCGUACUAGCCGCCACGAGUACCUGUCGAUAGUCAUCUCACUACGUUAAGUUUCAGGUUAGGUGAGCGGUGAUGAGUGUCCCGCGAGCCGCGCCGCCCGCGCCAUCGCCCCGGGAUCCUCAUUCCAUUCCACAAUAUUAAUUUAAGAAAACUCUUUUUAAGAAGAUUUAUACGGUCUUAUACGUCACGGCAUUGCUCCCUGCGGCCACUACAUAACUUUAUUAUAAUAUAGUUUGAAAUAAUAGUAUAAAUGAGUAUUAUUACAGAUAGAUUAAAUUUUUUUGACAUAUAUAUAAAGUAAUUAACUUUUUAAAUUUUUUUUGACGCAGAUUUUCCCUCAAUAGAUAGCCAAAAGCAACUUGGUAUUUUGAUAUUAAUUAGUGAUUCUGUUUUGAAAUAUCUGCAAUUUUUUGAUAUGGGGCUUUUAUAGCAAUCGAGGUAAAUAAAUGUCUCAUCAUUAUAAUUGAUCAUAUGGGCAAGCAAAGUUGUAAUUAUUAUUUCUAUUUUUAAAUGUUGUCUGCAACAUUUAAAUAAAUUUAUUAACUCAAUGAUUUGAUUUUAUUUUCACUUAUUUUUUUAUCAGUUACAUUAAUAAUAAUAUUGCAAAUAUUGUACGGUAUCUAUAUAGGGCUAAUCUGCAUUUUAAGAUGAAUUAUUGGUUUAGCAGAGCUAAAAUAUACUAAUAAAUACACCAGUUUUGUCGAGAUGUGAUCAUAUGUAUGUGUGUCUUGUGUGUAUGUUGCGCUCGCCGCAGAGACGCUGUGGUGUCGACGUUUUGGUCGUCAACCGCCGCCCACUUACACAGAGUUGAUAUUUCUGGAUCUCAGGAAAUGUUGUAAUAUGUACCGUCGUGUAAUAUGAUAAAAAUAGAUCAAAGAAAUCUGAAUCAUGUGUUUUGUACGGAUUAGUAUUUCUUCCAUUAAUUAAAUAAUAAUUGUUAGGGAUGAAAUUAGUGUAAGUGCUCGGACAUGAACAAACUACAUAAGAGAUGUACCGAUUUGUGUAUGUCUAUCAAUACUAUCUGUAAAUAAAAUAUUGACUUCUA